AUGAGGGAAGAGUCCCCGGGAUUACACCUGCCAGACGCGGACACAAUCGCACAGCGCCUGCGACAAGACCAACAAGCCUGCAGAGAGGGAAAAGUGCCUAGCAACCUAGCAAUCCAACUAUCUUCUGUUACAGAUGAUAUCUUUGAUGAAAUAGCCUGGCAUCUCACCCCAAACAGCGAAGUCUCGAAAGCAUUGCGGUCGACUAGGUGCAACAGCAUUAUCAAAGGCAUCAAAGCCUACCUAGGCCAAUUGGAAGCGAUGACCAAAUCUGAGGAACAUACGUCCAUGGAUAGUAUGCAUGUCCCGACACCAGGCGAGUUGGAAACAACAGUCAAGGUGCUAGACUAUCUUCAAAAGCACAAAGUGGUUCCUCCAACAGACCCUCUAUCUGAGGUUAUUCUAGCCGUACGAGCGCAACUCUCCAUGGACGACAAUGCUCGAUACACACAACACGAACAAUUUCAGGGGAAUGACGCACCUAGAACAUCAUAUGUGAAGAAGAGAUGUUACAUCUGUCGGUACCGCUUCACGCCCACUGAUUCUCAUGAACUAUACCCAGCACUAUGUCGCCAAUGCGGCAUGUUUAAUAUUGGCUGCUCAGCUCUCUCCCUACCAGAGAAGCUAAACCUCACUGCUAAAAUUGCGCUCGUUACUGGCGGGAGAAUAAACCUGGGUUACUUCACUGCGUUGAGACUCCUCCGCUGUGGAGCCAAAGUCAUCGUAUCCUCUCGGUAUCCAGCAGAUGCUGCAGUUCGAUAUUCCACCGAGCCAGACUUCGCUCAAUGGGAGAAACGACUGAAAGUAGUCGGCGCAGACUUCAGAACAGCAAAUGAUGCUUUCCGGCUAGUACAUAUUGUCAAACAAUUGCUCUCUGUUUGGGAUGGCGAGACUCCACCUGACACACCACAAUCUCUGGAUAUACUUAUCAACAACGCUGCGCAAACCCUUACUGAUCCAGUCAAAGGGGAGGUGAAAGCCAUUUCCAGAGAGAAAUAUCUAAAAAACCACCCACAGGCUGUGGCCCUACUCGCAGAAUCUGAGAACGACAGAUACACACCCCGCGUAAGAGGAGGACAGCAAGCAACCUGGAUCCCACGCAUUACGAACAAAUCCCAGUCUCAAAUUGAAGAGGCAAGCAACACCGAAACCAAAAACCAAAUAGCCACGAAAGGCCCCCGGAUACCAACCGACAAUGAAGAUGAAGAACCCUCAAAAUCAUCCUGGGUCCAAUCACUCCACGAAAUCCCAUACUCGGAUCUAAUAAGCGCCCACUCUGUCAACGCCUUCGUGCCUCUAAUCCUCUGCCGCGAACUCCUCCCAGUGAUGGGUACUCCAGGCUCCUCCUCCUCCUCCUCCUCCCCAUCCACAGCAGCAGGGUACAUAAUAAACGUCUCAUCCCGCGAAGGAAUACUAGAAGAUACGCCCCAAUCAAGCAGCAAAGCCGGCCACCACGUACACACGAAUAUGUCUAAAGCAGCGAUCAACAUGAUAACAGAGACAGAAGCACACGCUGCAUGGAAGGGACGGCGCGUUGCCAUGAACUCUGUUGAUCCGGGCUAUAUGAGUGCUGCGCCCGAGUGCCGGACUGUGGAGGGGUGUCCGAUUGGGUUUGGCGAUGGUGCUGCGAGGGUUUUGUGGCCUAUUGCUGUUGGGGAGGUUGAAGAAAGGGUUGUUUGGGGGAGGUUUUUGAAGCAUUUCCGGGUGGGGGUUGCCAUUACGCGGAGGGGGUAG